GCCCCAUUUUGUGCACUCAAGCUUCAAGCUGUUGCAAAAAGGUUUCAUAUGUUCUGUUGUCAUUCAAAUUCUUUAUCCACAUAUGCAUGUCUUGCACUACAAAAAACCUAAACUAAAAACUCAAUCUAUAUUAAGUGUCCUCUUUUAAAACCCUUUUAGGUCAGUCAGCAAUGGCUGCAGCAGAAAUUCCCAGUUACAUUGUCUCUUCUCAGACUGAGAAACACAGGAGGGCCAGAAACUGGACUGAUGCAGAAAUGAGAGGUUUAAUGCUGGUUUGGGAAGAAUUUUUUGAUGAGCUGAAACAAACUAAAAGGAAUGCCAAAGUUUAUGAGAAAAUGGCUAACAAACUCUUUGAAAUGACUGGAGAAAUUCGCCACGGAGAGGAAAUAAAGAUAAAAAUUACAAAUAUGACAUUCCAGUACAGGAAAUUAAAAUGCAUGACUGACAGUGAAACUGUGGCACCUGACUGGCCUUACUACAAAACCAUUGAUAGGAUCUUAUCCAAAGUGACAGACCACAGCGAUGUGAAAAUGCAUGAAAGUCAGCAGCCAGGUCCUUCUACAUCACAGACAGAGGCCUCGCUGUCUCCAUCAGCUAAGUCUACACCUCUGUUUUUGCCAUAUAACCAGUUUACAUAUGAAGGAAGGGAAGAAUGCUUUGAAGAUGAACAUUCAGAGAGCUCAUCAAGCUUGCUUUCUUACAAGCUGAGAGCUGAAGAAAGACCAGUUAAGAAAAGAAAAAUGCAAAACUGCAGUUUCCAAAAGAAGAAGCUAAAAUUAAUGGAAGCCAUGUUGGAAGAACAAAAGAAGUUGAGUAGAGCUAUGGAAGAAACCUGUAGAGAAGUGCGCAGGAUCCUGGACCAGCAGAACAUCAUUCAAGUUCAAAGCUUACAGUUACAGGAGAGAAUGAUGAAUCUACUGGAGAAAAUGAUCUCCAAGUCUAAUGUGUAGUUUCCUUUGUGAAUGCCUCUGAGAUUACUCUUGCUAUUAUAAACAUUUAUUGCACACCAUAUGUGUGUCUGUUGCCCUAUUCCCACGUUUUCCAUGGAAAUUAAAACCCUAGUGUAAUCCUAGUUCAGCAAAGAAAACAUAAUGCAGGGCGAGAGCUAUCCAGUAUGAUAAAAUUAGUGCAAUAUAUACCUAAGCUGAAUUAUUUUUAUACAGAAAGGUUAAGGGAUAAAUAGCUCGGGGAACUGAAGUACUAUUUAUGCCUAAGUCAGGUAUUGUUUUGCAAACAGUGGUGUUGUAUAUUGCUUCACAUCAAGGACUGCAGCAUAAUCUGUUUUAGGAGAAUGAAAUAAUGCAUUUCUAAACAUGGUUAUUGCACCUUGACUUUGCUGAUGAUUUAACCCUGUUUUGAAACAUAUGCCUGAUUGUAUAAGUGACCUAUGGUUCUUGUGAAGAGCUAGUUGGGACCAUGAGAUACAUAAUUUUAAAGUCCAUGCCUGAUAUGAAUAGUACUCUAAAGUAUGAGGGUAAAAAUAGUCUAUUAAAAUACAUUUUUUGAUAUAAAAAGAAAUCCCCCAAACCACCUUACUAUAUACUCAAUACUAAAAUGUAUAGAAAAUACUUGAAGUUGCUUUUGAUAUUAAACGUUUGAUUUUUUUCAUUAUUAACCGGAAUCUUGACUUAACAAACAACCAGCAAUGAAAACUUUUGUUUAUUCUCUAUCACAAAAGAAAAGUAUUGUACCGUGUGUAUAUACAUAUAUAUAAUGUCUAUCAAAUGAAAUAAAGAAAAAGUAGAAAC